UGAAACACACACCUUCCCCAGCGAUUGCAGGCCUGCUGCAGGACAAGCAUCACCUGGCUAGUGGGACGAGCUCUUGGACUUGCAAGGCACACCUCCACUCCCGCGUCUCCCCUUUCAAGACGUCGCAGCCCGCGCCCCUCCCCGCGGUAGGCACUGUUUGCUACAAAACAGACAUCGGGCACGAGGGGCAGAGGGGAUCCGGAGUGGUGCGGGGCUGAGGCGUAUGGCGUCUGCAGAACGGAGGCCAGCAGACGCUGUGGGAGAUGGUGUGGCGGACUUGACAUCUAGAGUAGAUGCUGUUAGCAUUCAAAAUGCCGGACCAUGCGCAGGAGACGGCUCGAUAGGAAUCGAAGCGUCUGGGUUGCGAUCGACUGGAGCAAGUCAGCACGCGACAGAUGCGGAUGAUGACCAAGGGUCUUCGGCAGCUCUGCAAGAAGGCAGUGACGGAGCAGGGGCAAAAACAGGCAAGGGGGAGGAAGAAGAAGGAGGGGAAAGUGACGAGCCGGAUCUGACCGCCAGUGCUGAUCUGGAAGAUAGCAGUGAGCUCUCGGCGUCAGACGAAGAUAGUACCUGGAUAUCGUGGUUUGUGACACUCAGAGGCAACGAGUUCUUCUGCGAGGUUGACGAGGACUACAUCCAGGACGACUUCAAUCUCACGGGACUGUCGACGAUGGUGCCAUAUUAUGAGUAUGCCCUCGACAUGAUCCUUGACGUCGAGAUGCCUGCGGGUCAGACUCUCACAGAGGAGCAACAGGAGGUGGUCGAAAGCGCAGCAGAGAUCCUGUAUGGCCUCAUCCACGCUCGUUACAUCCUCACCAGUCGAGGGAUGCAGGGAAUGUUCGACAAGUUCCAAGUUGGCGCGUUUGGGCGGUGCCCAAGAGUGUACUGCCAAGGUCAAAACGUCCUUCCUGCGGGCCUUUCGGACGUCCCACGCAACUGCACGGUCGCAGUGUAUUGCCCCAAGUGUCAGGACAUUUUUCACCCGAAGAGUACACGGCAGGCCAACAUCGAUGGGGCCUACUUCGGAACGACUUUCUCGCACCUUUUCCUUCUCGCGCAUCCAGAGCUUAUCCCAUCAAGACCGAGCCAGGCGUAUUGCUCGAGGAUAUAUGGCUUUAAGAUCCACCCGACGAGCGCCUACCACCGGAACAACAAAGACCAUUCAAACGGGGAGGGGGGAAGCGGGCGAGCAUCUCGAAGGAAGAGCAGCAAAAAGGACAAGGCACGCCAUUCCGGGCGUUAGGGCGCGCGGUACCAUGGAUCAUCCUUGCAUGCGCGGUCGGGUUCGGCGUUCAUCCCCGGCGCCCUGUAGAUUUCGUUGUUUUUCCGUUUUAAUGGGAAUGGGGCGUCCUAUGAACACAUAGAGAUGUGUGUAUCUCGUGGCAGGAUGCUAAUGCCAGCUGCUCGUGCCGUGAUUUUGUUGUGCGAUUCGCACGAAAAUGGCAGCAUCUACCAGCCCCAUGAGCGCUUGUCAUGCGCCACAAACUCUUCUGUCUGAAAGCGUGUGAACUUCCUCCUGUGCCUCGCCCCUCACCCCCCUUGGCCCACAGUAAGCGUAUUUGAUGGGAGCUCUCCCUCGCCAUCUAUCAUUUCAUAUCGAGUAAAAUAUGUGUAUGUACGAUUAAGGCGCACCCAGGGAGGCGCCAAUACAAUUCGGGUCAUGCGGGAGUAGUUCCCUUUGGCUGAGGAGUGGGCGUCGCUGUAGCAGUCGCUGCUGGUGGGGCGGUUGGCACGCUGUUUGAAAGAGCUUCGACGUACACUGCCCGCUUCUUGGGGUUGAGGAAAUAUUCCUUCAUCCCCAUCACUGGACAGACCGGUUACGUGGGGGCAGCAGGCAAGGACGGACAUGAGCUAAUUGGGGCUAUUCGUUGUUGGCAUUUUUGAUUGAUUGAACGUCAGGCAAGAAGUUGCGUCCUUCCUUGAGGGGAAGGAGCAACUGCCACAAAAACUAUGUUUUAUGUAGCAUACAUGUGCCCGCUUUGGUUUGCGUGCUGUAUUGCCAUCGACUAUUUUUCCACGCCCCUGAGUAACAUGGGACAGGGAAAUGGGGUAUCGAUAUGACCCCAUUCCAAUCAGGUGGCCUCUAUUGCUGCCUCUAAACAACUAUUGACAGCGAAGCGCGCGAUUUCUGUGGUUGUUCAGGUCGGCCACUCGUGUGUUGACAUCUGUUCCGAAAAACGUUACUGUGUUGACUGGAACAGAUGUCGACCAACGGAAUUUUUUUGUCAAGAUACUGAGCGAGCGA